AUGUUUAGAACAAACAAGACUAAUAAUAAUAAUAAGGAGGAGAUGGAGGAGCUUGAUGAUGGUGAUGCAUCACAUAAUCCAAGCAAUGUACAUAAGAAGAAUCAGACUGAUAUUACAACAACAACUCCAUCAAUAACUACAACUACGACCACUACUGCCGCUAGUCCUACUACUACACAACAGAGAAAGAAGAAGGUCCGAUCAUUGGGAAUAUCUGUUGUUGAUCAAGAAAAUGAGAUCAUUGAUGGGCAUCACCAACAACAACAACAACAACAACAACAACAACAAUACCCAUCAUCAAUGAAUAAUGAUACAAUGUCAAUGUACAAUGGCGAUACAUCAUCUGCAUCCACCUCGUCCACGAUGACAAAGAAGAAGAAUAAGAAGAAAUCAUCAACCGCCAGCAGCACCAGUAACAAGCAUCAAGUUGGUGAUGGUGGAGAUGGAUCAAACUCAACCGAUACAUACUAUGGUACAAAUGAUCAGAAUCAAUCAUAUCAAUACGAUCAAACACAUUGGAAUCAAUACUCUGGUUAUGCUCCCUAUCAACAUUAUUACCAACAUCAUCCACAUGCUGCUACCGCUCCAAUGGCACCUCAACAUCAUCAUCAACAUAAUCAUCAUCAACAUCAAUCAUCAUCGUCGCCAUCACAAUCACCAUCACAACAUCCACCUCAUCCACAUCAUCAACCGCCAAUGAUGCAACAUGGACAUCAAUUCCCACCGAUGAUGCCGCCAAUGCUACCACUGCCCGAGCAAAACGACGAGUUGACCGACCUCCUUCUCAGUUGGUAUUACAGCGGAUACUAUACAGGUGUAUUCCAAGAGCGAAAGCGUAUGCGUGAGCGUGGCUUCCAUCCUUGA